GGCCGCCCACCCAUCCACCCGCGGGGGCUCUGAGGCACGCUCGGCCGGCCGGCUCUAGAGGCGCCCCGGGCGAGGCGCCGGAGAGACGCAGCCGGGGAUCGGGGCCGCCGGGCGACCAUGGGCGUCAGCAGCAGCCUCGGCGGCGGGUGGUGGCGGCGGCCGGUGGCGGCGGCGCUCUUGCUGGCCGCGCUCCUGCUCAGCCCAGCGGCGGAAGCGGCGGCGGCUUGUUCUGGCUGUGGAAAAUGUGACUGCAGUGGAGUGAAGGGGCAGAAAGGCGAAAGGGGCUUGCCAGGUUUGCAAGGAUUGGUUGGGUUUCCUGGUGUGCAGGGACCUGAAGGGCCCCCUGGGACCCCUGGACUGAAGGGUGACACUGGAGAACCAGGACUGCCAGGAACAAAAGGGACCAGAGGGCCACCAGGUCCUGCAGGCUAUCCAGGAAACCCUGGCCUUCCUGGAAUCCCUGGAGGAGAUGGCCCUCCAGGUCCUCCUGGUAUCCCAGGAUGCAAUGGAACAAAGGGUGAAAGAGGUCCUUUGGGUCCCCCAGGUUUACCUGGACUACCUGGAAAUCUAGGCCCUCCAGGAAUUCCAGGAAUAAAGGGAGACCCAGGAGAAAUUCUUGGGCAAACACCAGGUGGUGUAAUAAAAGGAGAAAAAGGAUUUUCUGGCCAGCCUGGAUUACCGGGAAUAAGUGGCCCCCCAGGACUUCCAGGCCCUGUUGGACCACCUGGACCUCAAGGAAGACCAGGUCCUCCAGGGCCACCUGGUUUGCAAGGUGAGAAGGGCCAUAUGGGAUUAGGUUUCCACGGACCAAAAGGCGAGAAGGGUGAACGGGGAGUUAUGGGCCCACCAGGUCCCCAAGGAGGUACACCACACGAGGGAGAAAAAGGGACCAUAGUCAUACAAGGCAAUAAAGGGGAUCCUGGUGAAAAGGGAGAUCCCGGAUAUCCAGGAUCACCAAGCAUAAGCGUCAAAGGGGACAAAGGUGAACCCGGGAAACCAGGUCCACGGGGAAGACCUGGAAAAGAUGGAGAGGAUGGAGAAAAGGGAAACACUGGAUUUAGUGGCCAACCAGGAUUUCCGGGAUUACCUGGUGCUGACGGCCUUAAAGGAGAUAAGGGUGUAACUGGUCUCCCAGGCCCUCCAGGAAUUGUUAUCGGUACAGGAGAUGUGGAACUGUUUGGGGAAAAGGGAGAUCCGGGCCCUCCAGGACCCCCAGGUCAAAAAGGGGAGCCAGGUUUCAAAGGUUUUCCUGGGGUUCCUGGUCCUCCAGGACAACCCAGCCCAGGGAUAAUAGGGGCUCCUGGAUUUCCUGGUGAGAGAGGAGAAAAGGGGGACAGGGGCCCCCCUGGACUUCCAUUGUUUGGUCCAAAAGGAAGAGACGGAGUCCAAGGCCCUCCUGGCUUACCGGGGCCUCCGGGGCCUCCUGGCACUGCAGAUGGAAUUCUCGGAUGUCAGCCUGGGUUCCCUGGCGAUCCGGGUUCUCCGGGCGUCCCUGGCCAGCAAGGCUUCUUGGGAGAAAGAGGAGAGAAAGGUGAAAAGGGCACAAGUUGUCUCUCCUGUGAUGUGCCCAUCCUUCCCGGACCACCAGGUCCCCAGGGGCUCCCGGGGGAACCAGGCUUUCCGGGCUCCCCAGGUGCUAAAGGGGACAAGGGCAUUGCUGGGUACGACGGCAUUCCUGGAGUGACGGGACCGACAGGUGCACCUGGAUCAAUUGGAAACCCAGGACCUAAAGGAGAACCUGGAGAUAUUUUCUUUGACUCUGAUAUGAAGGGUGAGAAGGGAAAUCCUGGUUUCCCUGGGUCUCCUGGUACUCCUGGCACAGAUGGAAGGCCUGGGCGAGACGGCGUGCCAGGAAUCCCAGGUCCUAAAGGUGCAUCGGGAACAAUUGGCCUAAAAGGUGACAGUGGCCCUCCCGGAACAAGUGGUUUUCCAGGACCCCGUGGAGAAAGAGGCUUCCCCGGUAACCCCGGAGUGGGGCUUCCAGGGCCACCAGGCAAUAAAGGAGAAAAAGGUAUUGCAGGGAUCCCUGGCCCAUCAGGGCUCCAAGGGCCGAAAGGUGAAGCUGGCCAGGCGGUUUUCAUGCACGGAUCUCCAGGGCCAGCUGGCGUUCCCGGGCCUCCUGGACUGCCGGGCAUCCAAGGUGACAAGGGGGACCCAGGGAUCCCAGGAAUACCUGGCUUGCCAGGUGAAAAAGGCGUCAGAGGUCCAUCGGGAAUAGGCUUUCCUGGUUCUCCAGGGCCUAAAGGUUUCCCAGGUCAGCCAGGCGCUCCUGGUCCAACUGGGGAGAAGGGCAAUCCUGGUUCCAGCGGGUUACCUGGUGCACCAGGGUUACAAGGUCUCAAAGGUGAUGCUGGAGUAGGUCUCCCAGGUCAGAAAGGAUUUCCUGGACCAAAAGGACGAGAUGGAUUUCCUGGAACAAAAGGGGAUCAAGGGCUACCUGGUUUACCAGGAGAAAAAGGAUUCCCAGGUGUGCCUGGGCAACCAGGUCUCCAAGGUGACCCUGGUCCUGCUGGAUCACCCGGCCUGCAAGGCUCUCCCGGUGUGCCAGGAAUAGGCCCUCCAGGCCCUCCAGGUUCACAAGGGCAAACUGGGCCUCCAGGACCAACUGGAUCUCAAGGAAUAAAGGGAGAGAAGGGCUACCCUGGUGUCCGUGGGCUAGAUAUGCCAGGGCCAAAAGGAGAUAAAGGUGGCCAGGGACCACCUGGGCUGCCAGGUUUGCAAGGGCUUCCAGGUCUACCUGGCACACAAGGAAGAGAAGGGCAAGCAGGACUUCCAGGGAUCAAAGGAGAAAUGGGUGUUAUGGGAACCCCUGGAAUUCAGGGUCCUCCUGGCCCUUUAGGAUCUCCUGGACUUCCUGGUGAAAAAGGUGAAUCUGGUUUUCCUGGACUGCCAGGACCCAGAGGUGACUCAGGUUUCAAGGGUGAAAAAGGUGAAGCGGGUUUGCCCGGGGAGCCAGGAAAAAUGGAUCACGUCGACAUGGAGACCAUGAAAGGGCAAAAGGGAGAUCAAGGCGAAAAAGGUCAUCAAGGAGCAAUUGGAGAGAAGGGGUUUCAAGGAGAGCCUGGCACAACGGGCGUGCCAGGGAAGGAUGGCGAUCCUGGUUUACCUGGCCAACCGGGGCUCAAAGGGGACCCGGGAUCUCCAGGGUACCCUGGCGAAUCGGGGCCUCCUGGGUCGAAGGGAGCCAUGGGAGAAAUGGGUCUGCCAGGGCACUCGGGAGAAAAGGGUGUCCAAGGUCUUCCGGGUGAUCCAGGCAUACCAGGAUUUCCUGGACAGAAAGGUUUGAAGGGGGAGAAAGGAGAGGCUGGACUUCCUGGAAUUGGCAUCCCAGGGUCUCCUGGUGAAAAGGGAGAACAUGGAAAGCCAGGUUUUCCAGGUCAACCUGGGGAGACAGGUGAAAAAGGUUCUUUAGGACUUCCAGGUGUCCCUGGUGUUCCAGGUCCCAAAGGACAGUCAGGUCUUCCAGGUCUUCCAGGUAUUCCAGGAACACCAGGACAAAGAGGUGAAAAAGGAUUACCGGGCUCAUCUGGUUUUCCUGGUUUAAAAGGACAAGCAGGUGACCCUGGUCACCAAGGUCUUCCGGGGUCCCAAGGAGAAAAAGGUGAAGUAGGCUAUGAUGGAAUCCCAGGACUCCCUGGUGCAAAGGGUGACCCAGGUCUUCCAGGCAGAGGACUUCCUGGUUUCCCAGGUGACAAGGGCGAGAAAGGUAUAAAAGGAGAUGUGGGCUUCCCAGGAUCCCCAGGAAGUCCAGGGAUUCCUGGUGCAAAGGGGGAUCCAGGAUUUGCAGGUCCACAAGGUCCACAAGGCCAGCCAGGUGUUCCUGGAUUACCAGGCAGAGUCACAGAAGGACCCAAGGGAGAUCGGGGACCUCAAGGUCGACCAGGGCUUCAAGGGCUACCUGGACCGCAAGGAUCUCAAGGGGUUCCUGGACUGUCAGGGGUGAAAGGAGAUAAAGGAACCCCAGGUUGGCCAGGGACCCCUGGAAGGGUAGGAACCAAAGGUGACCCAGGCCCUCAAGGACUCCCUGGAAAUGCUGGCUUUCCUGGAUCUACUGGUCAGAAAGGUGACAUGGGACCUCCUGGAAUUCCUGGCCCUCAAGGUUCCAAAGGGUCUUCGGGUUUCCCCGGACUCAAAGGUGAACAAGGCGACCAAGGGACUCCCGGUGCUAAAGGCUUCCCAGGCCCCCCGGGCCCUCCAGGCCCUGCUCAGCUCCUGAAAGGAGACCCAGGUUUACCGGGUCCUCAAGGCCCAGCUGGACCCAAAGGAUUUUCUGGUCUUCCAGGGCCAAAAGGGCAACAAGGUGUAACAGGAGCUGUGGGGGUGCCUGGUUCCCCUGGCAGCCCAGGCUUUGAUGGAAGACCUGGUCAGAAAGGAGAAAGUGGUCCUGCUGGCCCCCCAGGGCCAAGAGGCUUUCCUGGCCCGCCUGGCCCUGAAGGUGUGCCGGGGGCAAUGGGCCCACCUGGGACUCCCUCCGUGGCUCACGGCUUCCUCGUGACUCGGCACAGUCAAACCACCGAAGAGCCCCUGUGCCCAUCUGGAACAAGACUCAUGUACUUUGGGUAUUCUUUGCUUUACGUGCAAGGAAACGAACGCGCGCACGGCCAGGACUUGGGCACAGCUGGCAGUUGUCUACGUAAAUUCAGCACAAUGCCUUUCCUCUUCUGUAACAUUAAUAACGUAUGCAAUUUCGCCUCCCGGAAUGAUUAUUCCUAUUGGCUCUCCACCCCGGAGCCGAUGCCAAUGAGCAUGGCUCCCGUGACCGGGGAUAGUAUCCGGCCCUUCAUUAGCAGAUGUGCUGUAUGCGAAGCUCCCGCAAUGGUGAUGGCAGUUCACAGCCAGACAGUCCAAAUCCCACCCUGUCCUGAUGGUUGGAGCUCUCUCUGGAUCGGCUACUCCUUUGUGAUGCACACAAGCGCCGGAGCAGAGGGCUCAGGACAAGCCCUGGCCUCUCCUGGCUCCUGCUUGGAAGAAUUCCGCAGUGCGCCCUUCAUCGAAUGCCAUGGCAGAGGCACCUGUAACUAUUAUGCAAACGCUUACAGCUUCUGGCUCGCCACGAUUGAGAGGAACGAAAUGUUCAAAAAACCAACUCCUUCCACUCUGAAAGCAGGAGAGCUCCGCUCUAACGUUAGCCGCUGCCAAGUUUGUAUGAGGAGAACAUAAGGACUUUCCAGUUGUAGCUAAUGUCACAAUAUGGUGCUAUUCCUUUAACAGCAGUGAAGCUUAGGUCUACAGACUUCACUCUUGUUGCCCAAUAUAAAACCGUCAAGUGCCUUAAAGGAACCCAUCUAAUUAAACCUCUGCUUUCCCGGCCCUUUUCUUGCUGAAGAGGAAGAAGAUAACAAUGAAGAUAAGCUUCAGAGGGCACUUUGGAAGAAAUGCUGAGGUGGAUUCCACCAUCCUCCAAGUAGCCUUCCUUCAGCCUACGGAGACUUCCUCCAACUAAGGAGCCACUUAAGUUGGAGGAAGGCUGUUUAGACUGGAGGAAGGCUACAGACUUGAGCCAAAAGGAAAGGUGGGGUAUAAAUAUUUUAAUUAAUAAAUAAGUAAACUUUGCUCAGUGGAGUGAUUGGAUGUGGUCAGGAUCCACCCUACAGUCUUAUAUAUGGAAAGCGAUGCACUGAUACGUACCCAAAAUCCAGACCCCCCCACCCCACCCCCUCCAAAGGUGCUAGGCAGGCUGCGUCUCUGCCUCCUGUGUGACAUGCCCCUUUCCCCACUUGUGCCGAUGAGAUAUACAGGUUUACUUUCUUCUUCCUUCCUAAGCCCUGCCAACCUGCCUCAAAUUUUCAGGCUCUUGGCUUGGUAGUUAACGGUCAUUGUACAAAGUAAUACUAAUGUAAAUAAGAGUUCUGGAGGCGGAGGAGGACUGGAUUCCCUGUGACGCCGUGGAAGGUGCUGGCCUGCAACGAUCUCUUCCCGCCUGAAUUGCAAGUCGCGCGAAGAAACCAACGAGCAAAAGGAGGAAACGUCUUGUCAGUCGAGAGAGACGUUUGCCCUCCGGUACUCUGUGGCUGUUUAAAGGCCAUUUUCCUGUGGAAUUCAGAACGGUCCAGUAAUAAGUAAAUAUAUUAAUUUAUGUCAACAACUGGGCAAAUGAAUUUUAGUUUAUUUUUAGAUUUCUUUUUUUUAGUAUCAACUCUCACAGAAGGGAAGUGCAAAACAUCUAAUUCUGCUAGGAGGGUUAAAAUCCUGCCGGUCACCUUAUGACUAACUCAGUAAAGUCAUGCCUUGAGCUUCCUUUUUAAGUAUUUAAUAUUUUCAGGGUUAAGCACUAAUACACUGAAUGACUUGAUUUUGAAACAUGUACCAAGGCCUUAAGAUGUGUAUUGAAUAUUCCAUGUCAAGCACUCAGCAGAUUCCUAUUGAUUUUCUAUAAAAUAUGCUAUUUGAGAAUGUUUAUGUCUCAAACUGAUUGUAUCAUAUAUCCAAGCCAAUAUAAAAGAUAUUUUGAAAAGUAAGGCCUUUGAGGUAAUUCCUUGACUGUGUAGUUAAAAAUGAAAAUUUGUAAUAAAACUAUUUCUGUAAAAAA